AUGAACAGUGAAAGACCCUCAUCAAGCUGGUACAGAGGGGUUGUUCUGAAGAAUCCAAAUACCAAGGGAAUUUUUCCAUCUAACUAUGUGCACUUGAAAAAUGCUAAUGUUAAGAACAAAGGGCAAUUUGAAACAGUCAUUCCGACAGAAGACUCUGUCAUCACUGAGAUGACCUCGACUUUGAGAGAUUGGGGCACUAUGUGGAAACAACUUUACGUGAAGAAUGAAGGGGAUUUGUUCCACAGACUAUGGCAUGUAAUGAACGAGAUAUUAGACCUACGAAGACAAGUACUCAUAGGGCACCUAACUCACGACCGGAUGAAAGAUGUAAAGCAGCACAUCACUGCACGUCUUGACUGGGGAAAUGAACAGCUGGGAUUGGAUUUGGUUCCAAGGAAAGAGUUUAGUAUGGUGGACCCGGAUGAAAUCAGUGUUACAGAGCUGUACAAACUGAUGGAACACCGGCAUCGGAAGAAAGAAACCCCCGUCCCCGCUAGCACACACCACUUGUUUGUGCAAAUGAAAAGCCUGAUGAGCUGUAACCUCGGGGAAGAGCUGGAGGUCUUCUUUUCCCUAUACGACAGCCGAGAGAACCGUCCAAUAAGUGAACGAUUCUUUGUACGAUUAAAUAAGAAUGGCUUGCCAAAAUCACCAGAGAAAACUGAAAGACAGUGUACCCUUUUUGUAGAUUUGGGGAACAGUGAUCUCAGAAGAGAUGUAUACAUUACUGUCCAUAUUAUAAGAAUAGGACGGAUGGGAGCAGGAGAGAAGAAGAACGUCAGCAGUGUGCAGUAUCGACGGCCGUUCGGAUGUGCAGUGAUCAGCAUUGCUGACCUGUUGACUGCAGACUCGAAGGAUGAUCACAUUUUAAAAGUUUACAUGUGCAACACAGAAAAUGAAUGGUAUCAAAUACAAGAGAAUAUUAUCCGGAAAGUGAAUGCCCGAUACAGCCUCACAGGCUCCAAUACUGGUCUUGCAGUUUCUCUGCAGCUGUUGCAUGGGGACAUUGAACAGAUCAGAAGGGAGUACAUGGUGCUGUUUACCCGGGGGGUGGCCAUAACAAAAAAACUGGGCUUCUCUGAUAUUAUUAUGCCAGGGGAAAUGAGAAACGAUUUAUAUAUAACCACGGAAAGAGGGGAGUUUGAAAAAGGGGGAAAGAGCGUGGCGAGAAAUGUUGAGAUCACAGCGUAUGUGCUGGAUAUUGAUGGGCAGAUUCUCAAGAACUAUGUCUCUGCAGGUUCGGGAGAGCCAGCAUUAAGUGAAUUUCACUCCUUUGUGCUGUAUCACAAUAACAGCCCCCGGUGGGCAGAGCUGCUCAAACUUCCCCUUCCUGUGGAUAUGUUCAGGGGAUCCCAUGUCCGGUUCGAAUUCAGGCACUGUUCCACAAAAGAAAAGGGGGAGAAGAAGUUAUUUGGGUUUUCCUUUGUUCCGCUGAUGCAGGAAGAUGGCAGGACUUUGCCAGAUGGUACCCACGAACUCAUUGUCCACAAGUGUGAAGAAAAUGCGAACCUCCAGGACUCCGCUCGCUACCUCAAGCUGCCGUUUUCAAAAGGAAAUCUCCCAGGAAGCAACCAAGCUGUGAAAACCACUAAGGAGUCCUUUUGGAUCACAUCAUUUCUCUGCUCUACUAAACUCACACAAAAUGGAGACAUGCUGGAUCUUCUUAAGUGGAGAGCCCAUCCUGAAAGGAUAACAGACAGUCUGUCUAAGUUGAAAGAGAUUGACGGUUCAGAAAUAGUGAAGUUUCUGCAAGACACAUUGGAUACAUUGUUUGGUAUUUUAGAUGAAAGCUCUCAGAAAUACGGCUUGAAGGUUUUCGACUGCUUAGUUCAUAUUAUCAAUUUGCUGCAGGACAGCAAAUUUCAGCAUUUUAAGCCAGUCAUGGAUACUUACAUUGAAAGUCAUUUUGCAGGAGCUUUGUCUUACAGAGACCUCAUUAAGGUGUUAAAGUGGUAUGUGGACCGAAUCGUAGAAGCUGAACACCAAGAACACAUUCACAAGGUGCUCAAGGCUACAGACUAUAUAUUCAAGUAUAUUAUUCAGUCACGUCGUCUGUUCUCUCUUGCCACUGGUGGGCAGAGCGAGGAAGAAUUUCGUUGCUGCGUUCAUGAGCUCUUCAUGUCAAUCCGAUUCUUUCUUUCUCAAGAAAGCAAAGGAUCUAGUCCUGUUACACAGACACAAGCAGUAUUUCUGAAUACCUUUCCAUCUGUCUACUGUGAACUGCUGAAGCUAUUUAGUGUACAGGAAGUGGCUAACUUUAUACGAGACACAUUGGGCAGCUUGCCAGCAGUCACGCAUGCAGAUUGCUCCUUGGAAGCUGUCAAACUGCAGUGCAUUGCAAAAACGGUGGAGAGCCACCUGUAUAGCAACCCUGAUUCCCGCUGCAUUCUGCUACCAGUGAUUUUGCAUCACCUCCAAAUGCAUUUGCAGGAGCAAAAGGACCUUGUCAUGUGUGCACAUAUCCUUGGCAGUAUGUUUUCUCUCAUCAAAAAAGAUAGCACAGAAACAUCAGUCUCUGAAGAAAUAGAUAUAAUUGUGGAAAGCCUGUUGGGUGUGUUGCUAAGAACCAUAUUAGAAAUCACCAACCAACCACAGCUGGCUGGAACUGCCCUACGUUUGCAGUUCCAGGAUGUCACAGGUGAAUUUGUGGCCUGUCUGCUGGUUCUACUCCGACUAAUGACGGAUAAACACUACCAAAAGCUUCUAGAAGGCUUUACAAACAAAGAAGCACUGAGGGAUUUCCUGCUGCAGAUCUUUACAGUGUUUCGGAUUCUUAUAAGGCCAGAAAUGUUUCCGAAAGACUGGACGGUCAUGCGAUUGGUGACCAACAAUGUAAUCAUCACAACAGUGUUGUAUCUCUCCGACGCUCUGCGCAAAAGUUUCCUGAAUGAAAAUUUUGACUACAAGGUUUGGGAUUCUUACUAUUAUCUUUCAGUCAUCUUCAUAAACCAACCAUGUCUUCAGCUCGAGAUGUUUUCACCUUCCAAAAAGAAGAAGGUGUUAGAAAAAUAUGGGGACAUGAGGGUCAUGAUGGGCUGUGAGAUCUUCAGUAUGUGGCAGAAUCUAGGAGAGCACAAGGUUCACUUUAUUCCAGCAAUGAUCGGUCCAUUCCUGGAAGUGACACUUGUUCCUCAGCCAGACCUGCGGAACGUGAUGAUCCCGAUAUUUCACGACAUGAUGGACUGGGAACAGAGGAGAAGCGGCAGCUUUAAACAGGUGGAAGCCAAACUUAUAGACAAGCUGGACAGCUUGAUGUCGGAAGGAAGAGGGGAUGAAACUUACCGGGAGCUCUUCAACAGCAUAAUACCUCUGUUUGGCCCGUAUCCUAGCCUGCUGAAGAAAAUCGAGAGGGAGACCUGGAGAGAGAGUGGGAUUUCAUUAAUAGCCACAGUUACACGUCUAAUGGAAAGACUGUUAGAUUACAGGGACUGUAUGAAGGUUGGGGAGGUAGAUGGCAAAAAGAUCGGAUGCACAGUUAGUCUGCUGAAUUUCUACAAAACAGAGUUAAACAAGGAAGAAAUGUAUAUACGUUAUAUACACAAACUGUAUGAUCUACAUUUGAAAGCACAGAACUACACAGAGGCUGCCUACACACUUUUACUGUACGAUGAGCUGCUCGAGUGGUCUGACAGGCCUCUGAGAGAGUUUCUCAAUUACCCUAUGCAGACUGAGUGGCGGCGAAAAGAAUACCUGCAUCUCACCAUUAUUCAGAAUUUUGACAGGGGGAAAUGUUGGGAGAAUGGUAUAAUCCUCUGCAGGGAACUUGCAGAUCAAUAUGAGGCCUACUAUGACUACAGGAAUCUUAGCAAGAUGAGGAUGAUGGAAGCUUCCUUAUAUGACAAAAUAAUGGAUCAACAGCGCCUGGAGCCGGAAUUCUUCAGAGUUGGGUUCUAUGGAAAGAAGUUUCCCUUCUUUUUAAGGAACAAGGAGUUUGUUUGCCGGGGACAUGACUAUGAGAGACUGGAGGCCUUCCAGCAGCGAAUGUUGAAUGAGUUCCCACAUGCUAUCGCCAUGCAGCACGUCAACCAGCCUGACGAGACCAUCUUUCAGGCAGAGGCACAAUAUUUACAGAUCUAUGCUGUAAGCCCUAUCCCUGAAAGUCAAGAUGUUCUGCAGAGAGAUGGAGUACCUGACAAUAUCAAGAGCUUUUAUAAAGUCAACCACAUCUGGAGAUUCAGAUAUGACAGACCUUUCCAUAAAGGAACAAAGGAUAAAGAAAAUGAAUUCAAGAGCUUGUGGGUGGAACGGACCACACUGACAUUAGUGCAGAGUUUACCUGGAAUCUCUCGAUGGUUUGAAGUGGAAAAACGAGAGCUGGUGGAGAUGAGUCCUCUUGAAAAUGCUAUUGAAGUAAUAGAGAAUAAAAACCUGCAGCUAAGAGCACUCAUUACUCAGUGUCAAGCUAGACAAAUGCACAAUAUCAACCCACUCACAAUGUGCCUGAAUGGAGUAAUUGAUGCUGCUGUUAAUGGUGGACUUGCAAGAUACCAGGAGGCAUUUUUUGUGAAGGACUACAUUGUGAACCACCCUGAGGAUGGAGAAAAAAUUGGACGCCUGAGGGAGCUUAUGUUUGAACAGGCUCAGAUUCUGGAGUAUGGAUUAGCUGUCCAUGAAAAGUUUGUACCUCAGGAUAUGAGACCAUUGCAUAAAAAGCUGGUUGAUCAGUUUCAUCUGAUGAAAUCAAGUUUGGGAAUACAGGAUUUCCCAGCAUAUAUUCGUGCAAGUCCUGUUCAUUUCGCCAAUGGGAGUCCACGUGCAUGCAGAAACUCUGUUCCUAAUGUCAUAAGCCCUGAUGGUGCUAGAGUAAUCUCCAGGCGCAGCCCUCUGAGCUACCCAGCCGUCAACAGAUAUUCGUCCUCUUCUCUCUCAUCACAAGCCUCUAAUGAAGUAAGCAACAUCACAGGACAGUCAGAAAGUUCUGAUGAAGUCUUCAACAUGCAGCCAAGUCCAUCUACCUCAAGCUUAAGUUCUACUCAUUCCGCCUCUCCAAAUGUGACCAGCUCUGCUCCAUCCAGUGCCAGAGGUUCCCCAUUGCUGUCCGACAAACACAAACAUUCCAGAGAGAACUUCUGCCUCUCUCCAAGAGAAAGGCCCUGCAGUGCCAUUUACCCAAACCCCUUGGAAGCCCCGCAGAGGAUGAUUGCUCAUCAAAUUGGGGAUAACGCCUUACCAAGAAGUGAUCCAAAUAUUUCUGCACCAGACAAAGUAGUGCAUCCCACUCCUAGCAGCUGGAGUCUGGAUAGUGGUAAAGAAGCAAACACACAAUUUUCAGAAACUGUUGGAAAGUUGAUAUGUCCACCUGUACCACCCAGAACUCCACAACCAGGCUCUCCUGCAAAAAACAUGCAGCCUCUGUCUCCAGUAACUACCCUCAGAUCGCCACAAAAGCAGAGCUCUGUGCAGUCAUUUACUCCAUCUCCUACUGAGUACCAGUCCUCUGGAUUGGUAUCCAACUCUCCGGUUCUGUCAGGAAGUUACAGCAGUGGGAUCUCGUCGCUGAGCCGGUGUAGUGUAUCAGAAACAUCUGGCACUGAAGCUCAUCCAAGUGAUCAGAUGCUAACACCGUCAGCCUCCAGUGGUUCUGAUGAACUGACAAGGAGGGAGAAUAAAACCCCUCCACCUUACAGUGUCUAUGAACGUUCAAAUGCAAGGCGACCAGUGCCACUACCUCACAGUCUCUCUGUUCCUGUCAGCUCAAAUCCACCAGCUCUCCCGCCAAAACCACACCAGCUCCGACCCAACAAACUGGAACAUGAAGGCAAAAGACGUGAACAAGUCUCGAGGCCUAGGCCACUGCCUAGAAAAGUGUCUCAGCUAUAGCUGCUGAUUUAUUUUUUGCACACUUUCCUUUUUUAUUAAUGAAUUUUAGGAAGAUCAUACAAUGUAAAUGGUCAACAUUUACACACAACUGCAAUCAGUGUCUUUAGUAUAGCAGGCUAUGUUUAAAUGAACCCUUUGAAAUUAAAGCAUGGUACUGUGAUUUGAAGACAUACACAACUUUAAAACAUGUCUAAUUGGUUUUGAUAGGUGCCCAAUUGUGAAUAAGGAUUAAGCACAGGUUUUUUUGCCUUAAAUAUUUAAUAAAAACAUUAACAAUGCUGUGACAGUAAGAUUAAUUGCUACAAGGCAUGCAAAUCACUGGACACAGUUUAUUAACAGCUAAAGGUGCUAGAUGUUUCUUAUAUUCCUUUAGGCAUAGUAUCGUUUCAGACAAUUCACCUGUCUAAAAACUAGUUUUAAAUUGGUGCUGUGGGCUAUUCUAAGUAUCGUGCCAAAGGAACAUUUAUGAUUUUAUGUUUACUGGAACAAUAGAGUAUAACUGGAAGUGAUUACCCGAAGGAUGAUUAACUUUUACUGUGCGCAGUUAAAUGAGCUUUCCCAUUAAGUGUAUGUAAAAACAACCUUAAGCAUUGUCUGUCUGAUUGCAUGAGCCUAUAUUAAGCAAUAUAAGUUAUGCAGUCCUGGGUUGAAGUAUGUUUAGACAACGCACAAAUGGGUUUUACAGUUAACCACAAGCAGUAUUUUAACAGUUUUUCAACUAAACAACAUGAAACGGUGACUUUAAAAGAAAUGUAUGUUAGGACACUGGCAACAUAACAAAUGUACUGUACUGUAAAAUUUCAAUUUUAAACUUCACAAAUGUUACCAUCUGCUGACAACCAUUACGGAAAAGGGCUUCCCCCGCUUUAAGAAUCAAACUUUAUGCAUUCUAUUUGCAGUGCUUUUGUCAAUUUUAAGAAAAGCGGUGUUUAGCUACUUGUUUGUACAAAAUUGUGUGAGCUACUGUUUAAUUGUUCCGGGGGAACAUCGUUGACAGAAUGUACUGUAAAAGUAAAUUUCAGUUUUACAGUAUUAGUUGUGGGUGAAUUACACCCAUGCUUCAGACACGAUUAAUUGUGAGGUGUUUUUUUUUUUUUUUUUAUAUUUCAAUGGACCGUGUAUAUUGCUUAAUUUAAACAAUGUGACCAGUUGUUGUUUUUUUUUUUGAAAUACUAAAUAUAGCAUUCUAAAUCUGUUUUAAUUUUUGAAUGGUUUAGUUUUUUGGUUUUUUUUUUUUUUUUUUUUGUGUAAUUGCAAUUAAAUAGUUACCAGAAUCAGUACGUGUGAAAAAAACCAGUCAAAUUACAAAGACGAGAUUGUUGUAAGUAUACCAAAUAUGUAUUACAAUUAUUGUACAUAAUGUGUUUUUAACAAAUGUAGCCAUAUUGAAUUUACAGCUUUGAAUGUUGCAAGAACAAAUUAUAACUAUAAAUGUUAAAUACAUAUAUGUUUUAGUGAGGAAAAAACAAUUGAUUUUAACUGCACCUAAUGUGUUUACUUGUUUAAGUAACUACUACUAAAAAUUGUUUAAUUUUUUUCUUUUGACAAGCUAAUGUUUUUCAUUAAAUAACAUUUCAUAUUAUUUGCUUAAAAUAAAAGUACUUGGGUCACAAUAUUCAUACUGUAGAAAAUCUGCUUAUUUUUCCUGGGUUGUAAAAGCUGUUUGUUGUACAAAUAGUGUUAAGUAUAGCCAUGUUUAUAUUUGGUGACUGCACACUGUAGGAAAAAUAUUCUAUGUGAUUUCUUUUUAUGUUUUAUGGAUGCACAAAUUGUCUAUGAAAGAACGUUCAAUUGGAAAUAAAAUCUGAUUUUAAAGAACAAAACAACAAUAAAAUUAACUGAAAUAAUGCAGAA